GCUCUGAAAUAUUUCCCAAUAGAUCUGCAGGGUGGAGUGUGGAGAACGUUGAGGGAGCGGAUGGCAGGAAAAUUGGGUAGAGUUUAAGUCAGUUGCUGCCGUAGCAGUGAAUCGAGUCUUUCUGUCAUCUGUUGACGCACUCAAAGGUACCUGACGUUCACAAUGAUCGUGGACAAGCCAGAAAUACUGAAACAAUGGAUGACGGAGACGAUGGAACCGCUCUGUGAUGCCGAGCCGGGCAAGCUCGCCAAGUACGUGCUAGCGCUCAUCAAGAAGGACAUGCCGCCGGAGCAGCUGCGCGAGAGCAUGAAAAACAACUUGGACAUCUUCCUGCAUGACCAGGCGGCGCCAUUCGUGGACCAGCUGUUCGCGACGCUCGAGUCCAAGUCGUACAUGCCACAGGCGUCGCCCGACUCCACCACGCAGCCGGCGGCCGCGCAGCCGCCGGCGGCGGGCCGCGGCGACCGGCGGCCCAGCUCACGGCCCCGCGACCGCGACGACCGGCCCGAGCGGCCCGAGCGCAAGCGCUCGUGGGAGGAGAGGCGCCGCCGCUCGCCGCCCCGCGACAGACGGUUACGUCGCUCCCGCUCGCCCCCGCCCCUGCGCGUCCGGACCAAGUCCCGGUCGCCGCCUCGUACAAAGUCCAAGUCGCCGGCCAAGAGCAAGCCGACGCGGACCUCUCGCAGCCGCAGCCCGCGCUCGCCCCGCUACAACCGCAGCAAGUCACCCAUCAAGUUCGACCGGUCCCCGCCGGCGCCUCCCGAGCCGGAGAAGCCGCGCGAGCCGGCCGGCCCGCCCGACCUGCGCCAGAAGCUGAACGCCGCCGUCAAGCAGCGUUGUCGCGACUACGACGAGAAGGGCUUCUGCAUGCGCGGCGACCAGUGUCCGUUCGACCACGGCGCUGAUCCGGUGAUCUUGAAGGACGUGUCGCUGCCGGAGGUGCUGAAGUACAGUCAGCCGCCGCCGGCCGGCGUGCCGGCGCCGGUGGCGGCGCCCUCGGCCGUGCCGGCGCCCCCGCCCUUCAACCCGCUGGUGCAGCCGCCGCUGCCGCGGCCGCCCAUUGUCGAGCCAUACAACCCGGACGCGCCGAGCCUGACGGUGGCGGCGCCGGCGCCGGCGCCCGUCUGGGUGCCGAUGCCCAACUACUCGCGGCCGCCGCCGCCGCACUCGACCGACCGGUGGGCGGGCCGCGACCAGAACGAGCCGCCGAGGAAGCGGGGCCACUUCGACAUGGGCCGGCUGGGCGGCGGCGGUCGGCCCCGCUUCGACCCGACCAACAGCAGCCUGGAGCUGCGCAAGGUGCCCGCCGGACUAAACCAGAUCAUCCACCUCAACAACCACUUCGCCAAGUUCGGCAAGAUCACCAACAUCCAGGUGUCGUUCAACGGCGACCCGGAGGCAGCUCUGGUCACCUUCAGCAACCCGGCCGAGGCCAAGGCGGCCUACAAGUGCACCGAGGCCGUGCUCAACAACCGCUUCAUCAAGGUGUUCUGGCACAACAAGGAGCGCGAGGAGGCCCAGCCGGCCGGCGAGGUGGUGAUGUCCGGCGGUCAGCUGAUGCGCACAGUCACCAACCCUGAGGUGCUGAAGCAGCAGGCCGAGCAGCAGGCGGCCGCCAAACAGCAGGGCAUCGAGGCCAUCAAGCACAGCCAGCAGAUGUUAGCCGCCAAGGUGACGCUGCAGGCCAAGCAGAAGGAGAAGCAGAAGGAGGCGCUGAAGCUGGCGGCCGACCUCAAGAAGCGCAACUCUGACCUGCUGGAGAAGCAGCUGAGCCAGCAGAAGGCGCUGCUGGUGCGCCUGGAGAGCAAGACGCUGAAGCCGGAGGAGCGGAGCACGCUCAUCACCACCGUCAAGUCGCUGCAGGAGGCGAUCGUGCAGACGCGCGCCGUCAUCUUCGCCUCCAUGGAGCGGGAGCCGAGCGCGCGUGGCAAGGAUGCGGCCGAGCGGGAGGUGCUGGACGCCGAGAUGGACCUGUACCAGAAGCAGCAGGCCGGUGUGGACACGAGCGAGCUGCAGCAGCGCGUCAUCGAGAUGCGCCAACAGCUGAUCGCGUCGCGCGGCCGCGGCCGCGGCCGGGGCCGGGCCCCGCCGACGCGCGGCAGGGGUCGCGGCCGCGGCGGACCGGGCUUCGCGGUCGGCCACCCGCGCCCCACCACCGUCGACCGGCGGCCCACCAAGUUGACCGUGUCCGGCUACCAGCCGGACGAGAAGACGGCGCUGCUCGCUCACCUGGCGCAAUUCGGCGAGAUCGUCGACUACAAGCAGGACGCGGCCACGCCGUCGGUGGUGGUGACGUUCCGCGCGCGCCAGGGGGCGGAGGCGGCGCUCAGCCGCGGCCGUCAGUUCAACGACCGGCAGCUGACGGCCGCCGACGCCGCAGACACCGCCGCUGCGAUCAAGGCGUCGCCCGACGAGGCCGAGACCGAGCUGCUGGCCGAUGACGAGGACGACGAGAUGGGCAGCGCCGCUGGCCAGCCGGACGACCUGCUGGCCGCCGACGAGGAGGACGAAGAGGACAACGGGGAGCGCUCCUGGCGCCGAUAGCCGGCCCAAGAGCAGCGCGGCGCCGCCUCGGCUGGAGCCGGAGCCGGAGCCGGAGCCGGAGCCGGAG